AUGUCAACAGACUCGAUAGAUUCGAAGUCUAUACCAACAUCAUCACCUAAAACAAAACCCGAAAGAGUACGACCAAAUCCAAUCUACAUAGAUUUCUAUAAUCGAUUCAUUCAACAAACGUUCAAUCCAACAUCACAACCAUCAUAUCGGAAAUUAAAACAUUCAAAAAUAACCCAUACCGGACACGUCUAUAUCUAUUCUCGAUCACAAGAGUCGUCAAUACCUAAUGAGAGUACGCCUGGAACGCUAUGGACACCACAAGAAAAGGAAAUUUUCUUUGAUAGUUUAAGUAAAUACAGCAUUCAUCGAUUUGAUUUAAUUCAAUCACGACUAAAGACUAAAACCAAAAUAGAAAUCAUGAAUUAUUAUAAUUUAUUAUCUCAUGAAUUGAAGAAAUUAAAAUCUCGAAAAAGACAUAGGCGGGAUAAAUAUAAAUUAAGAAAAUGGUCUUCGAAAUUAUUAAGGUAUGAUAAAUUACCAAUUGCUUAUGAAAUUUCGGAAUAUUUUAUAAAAUUUGAAGAAAUUCAACUGGGAUUGAUGACCAAGAAAGAGAGAAUUCGUGAAAAGAGGAAUGAAAGAAGGUUUGCUAAUGAUAUGAAGAUUUAUGAACCGAUUUCACUAUUCGAUAUAAAGACCAUGAAUGAAUUAUCUACCCUCGCAACUACCACAUACAACUCACAAAACUCAACUUCAUCCUGGCAACCACAGGCAGUAUCACCAGGCAUAGGAUUAGAAUCAAUCAUACUUCUAGAAGAAAUCAUCAAACUCCUAACUAAAUCAAUCAUAUUAUCAAUCAUCUCCUCCCAAAAAACACCCACUCGAAUAAUCACAAAAUCAGACAUCUAUUCCGCAAUUCGGAAAUUAGGAUACAUAAACCCCAAUCAAUAUUUCGUGUUGGACAAUUAUUGGAAGGGGUGUUUGAAUAGAUAUAAAUCCCAUCAAUCGAAAUUAUCCAAUCGGAUUCAAACAUUAAUCACCCCGCCAUCAGCUUUCAUUAUUCCACAACGAUUAGACAAAAAUGAGAUCGGGGAGAUGGAUCGGGAUGAUGGGGAUGAGGGGAUCAUACAUAUCAAUUCACUCAAGCAAGAAAAUCCCAACAUGUCACAACUACUACUAGACCCCCUACCGGACAUCAAACCAAUAUUGGAUCACGAGGACGAGGAAAGUAUAUCGGAAGAAUUUGAGGAUAUGUUACUUGUUCAAGAAUGUCAAGAAUUGGAAAUGCAAGAUAUGACUGAUUCAAAAAUGUAUGAACGAGGAUUAGUUACCAUGUUGUUAAAUGAAGGAAAUUAUAAUGAAGAAGAUACGGAAGAGAUUGAACGAUUGGCAGAGAUUUGGAUUGAUGAGGAGAAUGAAAGGAAAUCAAAGGAGAGAGAGGAAGGUGAUAUUGAAGACAGUGGUGAUGAUGAGCAUGAUCAAGAUAGCGAGGAGGAGGAAGGUGGGUUUAUAAAUGGAAGUAUGAGCAAUGGGGGUGAAGAACUGGGAACAGGUAAUAUUAAGAAAAUAUCACCUGAUAAGUUACAUAAGGCAUUAGUUAACAGUUAUUAUUAUAGAUUUGCGACUUAUCAAUGA